AUGGAUGCCCCCCCCUCAUUUGGAUGGAUUAAAUUCAAUACUAAUGGUGCCUUUGAUGACUUUUCUGGAGCAAAUGGUGCAGGGUAUGUGAUGCGGGACUUCUCAAGAAAAGCAACCUUUUGUGCUUACAUAGUCUUUGAGGUACAUUCUGCUGAAGAAGCUGAAGAAAGAGCCAUCUGGGCAGUACUGAAAAAAGCCUUGGAUCAACAGUUUACUCAUAUCAUCAUAGAGAGUGAUGCGAAAUCCCUUAUUAACCAAUUUUCAGCAGGAAAUUUUGAAGGGAAUUCACAUACCGAUGCUAUCUUUAAGGACAUCCAGCUCUUUUCGUCUAAAUUAGUUACUUGUAUUUUUAGUUUUCAACCUCGUUAUUGUAACUCUGUAGCUCAUGAGCUAGCUCUGUGGGCUAAACAAAAUAAUUAUACCAUGUACUGGUAUACCCCUCCUAUUUGGCUUCUACCAAUAGUUGAGGAGGACCAUUAG